AAAAAUAUAUUACAAGUCAGCCCAAUUAAAGAUUACCUGUACAAGAAACGCCAUGAACCCAACUGACUUGGUGGCCUUUCAAAACCUUUCAUUGUUAAAAUUUAAUACUUCGAGUAAACUAUUCAAUUUUGUCAUCAUCAAUAACAAUCUAAACAAAAUUAUUAACUUUAUAUAUUUUCUGGGUGAAUCAUAAUUUAGUUUCCCAUUCAAUAAAAUCACAAAAAUCAGUGAAAAAUGGGUCAAAAACAGUCAAAGGAAGAAUUGGUAUAUCAGCAUCUUAUCGAAGGCAAUAUCAAUGCCAUUAAAGCUCUCUGCAAUGAAGGGGUUCGACUUGAGUGGAUGGAUAAAGAAGGUAAAACUCCCUUGAUUGUGGCAUGUAUGGAUCCUAGGCUUUAUAUUGGGGCAAAGACUUUGAUUGAAUUGGGUGCUAAUCUUGAUGCAUACCGCCCUGGGUCGCAUGCGGGUACACCUUUGCAUCAUGCUGCAAAGAGAGGUCUAGACCGCACUGUUAAGUUGCUUCUUGCAUAUGGAGCAAACCCUUUUAUAAGAAAUGACGAUUGUCAAACGCCAUUAGAUGUAGCAAGAACAAAGGGGUACUGCAAUGUUGUUCGUGUAAUUGAGGAUCAUAUUUGCUAUUUUUCUGGUGAUAUAUGCGAGGUUCUUGUCGUGCCAGGCCUUUUUGAUUCUUUGGUGCCUCAUCGGAUUGCUAGAAAGAGCUCAAAGAAGAGUUGGGUGGCCGUUGUGCCUUGCGAUCCUCCCAAUAACAGGAAGCCUUUAAAAUUGGAGCUUGCUGUGUACCCUAGUUCACAGGAUCCCCAACCACACACAGUUAUUCCUCUUUGGAAGUCCGACAUUUUAGAACCAAAGUUUCACGAAUCAGAUCCCUUCUUGACAAUCGUCUACGAGUCCAAAACCCGCUUCAAAUUUUUAUCUGCCAUUGAGGGCGACAGACGGCAACUUGCUCAGCUAUACAAUGCUUGCAAAGGGGUACCUAAGGUGAUGCCUUCCUCCGAGUACAUGCCUAGCAUCGGAGUUUCAUCUUCACAACCAGAAACUAACACGAUCAGUCGUCCUGAAUCUUCAUCUGGCUCGAAUUCUCAGUCGAGUUCCUCUACAAAUGGUUGGGGCGACACUGAUAGUAAAUCGAAUCAAAAUGGAUGGGGUCCUCCAUCUGAUGCCCUGCCACCUUCAAAGACAACCUUUAAUGGCUGGGCCGAUAAUCCCACAACUGAAGAAUGUAAUGGAUGGGGGGCUAAUCCAGGUCCGUCCAGGCCCAUUGUCAGUCCCACGGUACCUGUCCAUUUAACCCCGUCUGCUCCUCCUUUACCUAUGGAAGGUGUCGUUGAUGAUGGGCUGAUUAAUUAUCAAGCCAUCGACAUCGGCCAUGUGGACUUACCCGGCACCAAUAUUGAAGCAAACGGCAAUGCAGAUGCAUCGUGUUGCGUGAUAUGCUGGGAAGCUCCGAUUGAGGGGGCUUGUGUUCCUUGUGGUCAUAUGGCUGGUUGUAUGUCUUGUUUAUCAGAUAUCAAAUCCAAUAAAGGAGUUUGCCCAGUUUGCCGAGCUAAGAUCGAUCAGGUUAUCAGGAUUUAUGCUGUCUGAAACCUUUAAAUCGUGAAGUUUAAAAGGUGCACCACAGUGGCUCGUUUUGUGAUAGGUAAAAAUUUAGGGAGUCGGAUUCCAUGAAAAGUGAAGUUAUUCUCAUCAAAACAAAUUUUCUCCAUCAUACUCAAAAUUUGUAAAGAAAAAGAUAUUUUGAAUCAACAAGCAUGGAUUUUUACAUGUGAUUUUCUUAGCAAAAUUGUAAUGGAUUUUAUUAUCAAUACUAUUUUUAGUGUCGGAUACCAAACGUGCCGUACCGUAAGGGAGUCUUGCAUAGUUUGAUUUCAGAAUGGUUAAGAGUUACACGCUGUAAAAAAAUGUCGUAUGUUAUAUAAUAUUUUAUGCAAAAUUUUGGAAUUUAUCAUAGAG